AGACCAAAUUAUAAACAGGUGAUGGUGGAUGUUGCUGAACUUUUUGGAUUUUGAUGCUUUUUGUACUUUUUAAUGACUUUUGUCCUUCCCAUAGCCUAAGGGGCAAAUCAUCGGCCUUUGGACUUCUUUGUAUUUAAAAUUAGGAAAUUAAUUAUGUGGAAAAGUCAUUUCAGAUUGAGUGUAAGGAAUGAUAUAAAUAUACCCGGAUGUGUGCUUCUGGUGAGACUUUAGAGAACAUCAUUGAUUAUGGAAGCUGAUGCAACAGAUGUUUUAAAACAAACUUGGCCUGAACUUGGGUACUAUGAAGCAGGCUUGGAUCGACGGCUGUUUGAAGAUGGACCAUCCGAGGGGAAAGAAAUUAAAGAGGAAAAGAAUCAGGAGAAUAAAUGUGAAGGGAAUCAGUUACCAACAAUAAAUGAGGAACUUGCUAAAAUAUUUCCAGAGUCAGCUCACAAGUUCCUUAAGAAAAAGCCCACAGGAAAGAGAGGAAGGCCUAGAAAACAGCCAAAGAUUCCUGUACAGAAAACAGUAAAUAGAGGAAGAGGGAGAGCAAGAAAGGUCAAGAGUUCAGAGCUUGCAGCAUCAUUACCACGUGUACCUAAAGGGCAUGGUAAAGUUGGCCGACCUAGAAAAGUUCCUCGGACAGAAAUGCAAGUUGAAGAGCCAGUUGAAGGGCCAGUAAAGGAAACAGACAUGGAAGAAGACAUUACAGAAGCUCAAAAGAGAGAAUGGUCAUUUGAAAGUAACGUGGAGCGGGAGAAAUUGAGAAAAAGGCCUAGAUUGUCAUAUGUUGAUGCCUAUGUAGAUGAGGAUGAGAAUGAGGCGGAAGACAUGGAGGGGGAGGAUAUAGGGGAGAACAUGGAGAGGGAUAUUGAGAGGGAGGACAAUAAUAAUGAUGUCUCAGAUGCAAGCUUUGAAGAGUCCCAUUCAGAGCCGGAGAGUUAUGAUGAAUCAGAAUCUGGAUUUGAAUCCGACAAUCCCGCAUAUGUUGAGAAGAAAGAGCAAAAACACAGGAAGGAAAUGGAUUUUCUUGAAGAAGAAUUACCCAAGUAUCGUAUACUUAAGGACAAUCAAGGAAAUCAGGCUGGCUUAUCAAGAUACCAGAUAUUGAAGGUACGAUUGUUGAAGUUCCAAGCUACUAAAGGCAGGGGAAGACCACCAGGUCCUAACAAGUUAAAGAUUGCUGGGGCAAAGAGAGGAAGAGGUCGUCCUAGAAAAGAUGAAAUGCAGAAAAGAACAUUGAAGGUAAGCCUGGAGCGCCUCAGUGAUCUUCAUAUUGACAGCAGGAGCCGAAGUGUGAGUUUUACGGUCAAAGGUCUCAAAAAGCAAGGUCAAGCAUACCUGUUGUCUCAAUAUAAUGGUCUCAAAAGAAAAAGAGGCCGACCAAGGAAAGUCAGAGUAGAAACAGAUACAAAAGCUGCCUGUGGGAUAAGUAGUGCUAGUCUGGAAACGUCACAGGAACAGUCACUGGAACCGUCACUGGAACCGUCAUUGGACCCAUCAUUGGAACCGUCAUUGGACCCAUCAUUGGACCAAUCAUUGGAACCGUCAUUGGAACCGUCAUUGGACCCAUCAUUGGACCAGUCAUUGGAACCGUCAUUGGACCCAUCAAAUAUAAAGUCAGAGAGUCUGUCUGAGUGUGAAGAAUCAAAGCAGUCAUUGCUGGAUUCAGAUAUUGAGUCCAAAAAAGAGAAGAAGAAGAAGAAAAAGAAAAGACGUAGGAGUGAUUCAAUUUCAAGGAUGACCAGUGUAUCAGUAAGUGUACAAAGGUUGGAGAAUGUAUUUGACCUGGAAUUAUUACAAGAUACUAAAAGUAUCAAAAUAAAGGAAGAUCACGAAGACAUGUAUGAAAAACAAGAGAGCAUAGAUGUAUGUGAAAGACAAGAGGCUGAAGACAUCGGCAUAAAGCAAGAUAUAGAGGACUUUAGUGUGAAGGAAGAGGUUGAUCCCGAGACAGAUGAAGAGAUUGUGGAAAGUCACAUGACAGAUAUCCAGACUGAAGCGGAUCUUCUGACUGAUACACAAAACUACUAUCUUAACCAGGAGGUUGUUUCCCCUACGCUGGCACCAACAAAAAGGGGAAGACCACCAAAACAUGAUCAUAUUAAAUUUGAGAAGAAAAAGAUAGGAAGAUCUCCUAAAGAAGCCAGUAGUACAAAGAGAGGAAGGGGACGACCUAGAAAACAUCCAGAACAAACACAAGUGGUUGUCAGCGAUUCAGUCACACCAUAUAUGGGCUACCCAGAAAAACAAAGGGGUGUGGGCAGAGGACGUGGAAGACCCAGGGGUUCCUCUAUGGUGAAGAGAUCAUUCCCGGGCAGACCACGUGGCAGGCCAAAGGGAAGAAAAAAUAAACAAUUAGAGUAUGAGAGGUUAUUAACAGAUAUGGAGUAUGUGGAAACACAUUCGGUUAAACAAGAAAGCAUUAAAACAGAUGAUGAUGGUGGAGACAGUGUUAGAGCACAUGAUGAUUACCAUGUCCCGACACAUACAUCUAAGUCAGACACUGACCAGACAUCAUAUCAGUCAGUGUCAAAACAAUGCACAUUUGCAGACGACAGAAGGGAAUUACCAAUGAAUGUCUCGAGUGACCAUUCUGAUUACGUAGUGGAAAUGAAUGAGUCAGAUAUAAAUAGCCCAAGAAAUAUUUUUAAUGAUACUGACACAGAUGAUGAGGAUGGAGGAAAGCUAAUUACAAACCAGUCUGUGUUUCAACCUUUCUCUAUAAAGACUGUUUCAAAAACAGUUGCUUCUAUUGUGUUUCCUGUUAUGACUGGUUCUGAAACUUUGGAUUCUGGCCCACUUCCUGUUGAGACUGAUUCCAAAGCUGUGUCUAAUGUAUUUUCACAUCAGUCUCAUUCUGAAUUUGAAAUUUCAGAAAAGCCUCUUGAAGAGAAUCAGUCAAGUGUAGUGCAAGAAUUUAAAUCAAGUGACUCUCCUGGAAAAAAUAGUCAGGAAGACCAGUCUGAAAAAUAUAGUCUUGAAACAAAUGAACCGAGUGAUUCAAGUCUCCAAGUGGAGAACAAUGAGUCAGUGUUGGGAUCAAAACUUGAAGCAUCUAUUGACUUUGAUUAUUGCCUGAAUGUCAAAAGUGACCAGUCUGGUGCAAAUUUUCAGGAAAUUUUUUCAGGAGGUCUGCUUGAUAAUACAGCAUCUAGUGAUCCAGACUUUAUAGAUGAUGAUUAUUUACUGGCAUUCUAACAAUCGUGUUAGCAAGUAUGGAAGAUAAAUAUUCUGAAAGAUGAAACUGUUUAGAGCACUGUGGACUCUCUGAGACUUGCAAAAGGGGAUUCAUUGUACAAGACUUAAUUUACCAUAUAAUGGACUAUCUCCAAGACUUACAAAAGGGGAUUCAUUAUACAAGACUUUCAAUUUACCAUAGAAUGGACUAUCUCUGAGACUUACAAAAGGGGGUUCAUUGUACAGCACUUAUAAUUUAACAUAAGUCUGGAUGUAAUUUAGUUAUAUUUUUGUAAGAGAUUUAUUUUACAUAUUCAUUUGAACAUCUCCAGUAGCCUGAUAUUUGAAUAGUGUGAAGAAGUCAUAUACACAGGCAACUGCAUGUUUCAACCUGAACCUGAUGUAGCACUGUUGUAAAAAUACUACCCUUAAAAGGGAACUGUUAGAAACCUGUUUACAAUUUACCCUGAUAUGAUGUUCCCAUUAAAAGUGUAGUUGUAUUCAGUCAUAUGUUUUUCAAAACAACAGGAAAACUACAUAUAAAGUUCUAAAGUUCACUACCUCUGCUUAUGAAUCUCAAAUUGAAUCUCCUUCCACGUUUUAUUGCUCCCCCCCCCCCACUCCUCCUCGCACCACUCCCACUGAAAUACUUGUAAAUUUUGUUCUGUUAAAUGAUAUAAUUUUUGUAGAAUUACCAGAACAGGAUCAAUUUGAGCUUUAACAUGACAUUCAAGUUUUAAUAUGGUUGUUACAUCUUUUAUCCUCUUUCUCGUAAUUCCGAGCCUUCUCAUUGGUCCGAGCCUUCGGAAAAUUUGCACUUGCAGCUAUUUCCUGUUUUUAAAUUUUAUGUAUGUUGUAGCAAAUCAUAUGACAGUUAAACAAAAAUAAAAAUAAAAUAGAAUUACUUGCAUUAAAAUAGAAAUAUACACAACAGUAAAUUUUGGCACAAAAUUUGCUUAUCUAAAAUCAUUGGGAUAAUACCGGUAUAUAACCUUACAGAAAACAGAAAGCACUUAUUUUAAAACUUUUUUGUCCGCUAACACAAUAAUAUAUCUGUUCUUAAUUUUAACAAAGAACUUUUUCAAAAAAAGCCUUAUUUUUUCAGAGCUAAUGCAAAUGAAUGCAAGUCUCGGUUUUAAUGAGAAAGAACCUGGCUGUUUCAGAGGGUUAGGGUCAUCAUGUGAAAGCCUAGAUUAUUCAUUUACAAAAAUCCUUAGAAUUUUUCUUCAUGGGGAUUUUAUAAGUUUAGAUGUUGGAGUAUCAAACUAUAGCAAAAACUCUUUUGAAACUUAAAUCUUUUACUGACCAGCAUUGAAAAACCGGCUAAUGGGCUCGGAAUAACGAGAAAAGGGCAUACAACGUAGCUUAUUCUGAACUGCAUGUCAGAACAGAAACAGUUUUGGCUUUAAUGGGUUGUACUGCAUUACAUAUGACUGAAAACACCAUGUUGUAUUUAGCUUUUUUGCACUUUGUACUGUAUUCCAUGUAAAAGAAAACGGGGUAAAUUUGGCUUAAAUAGGUAGCAUUGUACUUCAUAUGACAGAACAGGGCCAAUAUGGAUUAAAACAGAAUGUACUGAAUUGGUUAAAACAGAACAGGGCCAAUAUGGAUUAAAACAGAAUGUACUGAAUUGGUUAAAACAGAACAGGGCCAAUAUGGAUUAAAACAGAAUGUACUGAAUUGGUUAAAACAGAACAGGGCCAAUAUGGAUUAAAACAGAAUGUACUGAAUUGGUUAAAACAGAACAGGGCCAAUAUGGAUUAAAACAGAAUGUACUGAAUUGGUUAAAACAGAACAGGGCCAAUAUGGAUUAAAACAGAAUGUACUGAAUUGGUUAAAACAGAACAGGAGGAAGAGGAUAUACUGAACAGGCUGUAACAGAAUGUGGGAAAUGUUCGCAUUGACUGCUGUACUGAGCAGGGUUUAUGUUAACUCUGAUUGCACUGAACUUGCUGGAAUAGGGCCACUAUAUGACUGACAGAACCAGGUUAUACUAAGCUUUUGCAUUUUUACCAGAAACAGGUAAAUUUUGCUUCUACUGCAUAUAACAAAACAGGGUCAGUUCUGGCUUACACAGGCUGUACUGAAUAUAGCUAACAGGGUCAAUGUUGGCUUAAGCAGAUUAUACUGAAUUGGUUAAAACAGAACAGGUCAUGUUUGGCUUUAACAGGACAUACUGAACAGGCUAUAAAAAAUGCGGUUGGGGGGAGGGGUAUGAGGUUCUUUGCCUUGGCUGUUGUACCAAGCAGGGUUUAUUUUAGUGUUGUUAUUGUUCGUCCUGAACUUACUGGAAUAGGGUUAGCUUAGGCUCUAUGUCCCGUAGUACACAUAAACUAACAUUGAAUUUUAGGAUGCACCUGUCAUUACUAUUGAAUCCUUUGAAAGUUCAGUUACACUUUUUUUUUUGAAUAAAAUGUUUUUAAUUGAGGUGUUAUCUUUCACUUGAAGAAGUCCUCCAUGUUCACUAACAGCAACUUCCAAUUUGAUGUUAAGUUCAUGUAAUUUCUGUUUUGUUGUUUAAUUUUCCUGUUGAAGAUUCUGUUAAUGCACAUUGUUAAGAAACAAUUCUUCUUUCUUUUAAGUGUUCACUUUCUUUAAACAUAAAGUCAGAUCUUUCAGAGUUUUCCGUUUGAUUUUGACUUGCAAUUUAUUGUUUUUGGUAUGCGAAUUAAGUAAUUUUGUGAAACAGUGAUUUGAAUUUGUUUGACAUGUGUGUAUAUUUUUGGGAAUACAACUUUAAUUAUUAUACCAAUCAUGUUCUUGCUUUGAAAUAUACUUUUUGUUCAUUUUGUAAUAUUUAGUGUUGAUAAUUUGAUGUCAAGGUCAUUUAGUUUUCAUCCCUUCUAAGUGAGGACACUGAUUUUGUUUUUGUAAUACAGUUUACCACUUGAUUUAUGAUGUUUCACCCUUCUCUGGCAUGAGCGGCCUUCACCCUUCUUCAUAAAUGUUCCAGGUCUCAAAUUCAGACUGGUGUUUAGAUAUUCAAUUUAUGGUAAUUUAACUGUUCAUAAGGUAUACAGACACAAAUAAGAAAAUGGCAUGAAAAAAAAAUAGUCGCAUAAUGAUGGAUUCAAAUAGUUCUUAGUUUUUUUUUUAGAUCACCUGUCACAAAGUGACAAGGUGAGCUAUUGUGACCGUCGUCCGUCAACAGUUCCUAAAAAAAUCUUCUUCUUGAAAAACACUGGGCAGAAUUACACCAAACUUCACAGGAAUGAUCUUUGGGUGGCCCCCUUUCAAAAUUUUUCAAAGAAUUGAAUUCCAUGCAGAACUCUGGUUGCCAUGGCAACCGAAAGGAAAAACUUUAAAAAUCUUCUCAAAACCCAGAAGCCCUAGAGCUAGUGGACCUCUACAAAAUUUGUUCAAAACCAGAAGGCCUAGAGCUUAGAUAUUUCACAUGUACCAUUGUCUAGUGGACCUCUACAAAAUUUGUUCAAUCAUGACCCCCGGGGUCAAAACUGACCCCGCCCCAGGGGUCAUUUGAUUUUACAUAGGAAAAUAUUAAAAAAUCUUCUUCUCAAAAACUAGAAGCCCUAGAGCUUAGAUAUUUGACAUGUAUCAUUGCCUAGUGGACCUCUACUAAAGUUGUUCAAAUUAUGACCCGGGGGUCAAAAUUGACCCCUUCCUAGGGGUCACUUGAUUUUACAUAGGAAAAUCUUCAAAAAUUUUCUAAAAAUAAACCAGAAGGCCUAGAGCUUAGAUAUUUCACGUGUAGCAUUACCUAGUGGACCUCUACAAAAUUUGUUCAUAUCACGACCCCCUGGGUCAAAAUUGACCCCGCCCCAGGGGUCACUUGAUUUUACAUAGGAAAAUCUUCAAAAAAUUUCUAAAAAUAAACCAGAAGGCCUAGAGCCUAGAUAUUUUACUUGUAGCAUUGCCUAGUGGACCUCUACAAAAUUUAUUCAAAUCAUAUCCCCCGGGGUCAAAAUUGACUCCGCCCUAGGGGUCACUUGAUUUUACAUAGGAAAAUCUUAAAAAAAAAUUCUAAAAAUAAACCAGAAGGCCUAGAUCUUAGAUAUUUGACAUGUAGCAUUGCCUAGUAGACUUUUACAAAAUUUAUUCAAAUCAUGACCCCUGGGGUCAGAUUGACCCGCCCCAUGGGGUUACUUGAUUAUACAUAGAAAAAUCUUCAAAAUUUUCUAAAAAUAAACCAGAAGGCCUAGAGCUUAGAUAUUUGACAUGUAGCAUUGCAUAGUGGACCUCUACAAAAAGUUUUCAAAUCCUGUUUUUAAAGUUACUUUAAGAAAAUUUCAACUAUAUUUUCUCAUAAUUCUUUUGAUUCAUUUUUAUUAUGAUCUUUUGACCUUGAAGACUUGUCCUUAAGUGCAAUGAUAACAGAUGAGCGAUAUAGGGCCAUCAUGGCCCUCUUGUUUGCUUUUAACCACUAAUCAUUUCUCAAAUGAAAGAUCAUUAUUUAAUUAUCAAUAUCUUCAGCAGUGUUUGAUCCUUUGGUUGGCAGGUUGUGAUUCUAAUGCGUAUCAAAAUAAUUGGUCACAGCUAAUUUAUAAACAAUCGAAAUACAGAAUGAAGUUUUCCCGGAGGCACAGAUUUGCAUUCAAACAAAUAUCUACUUGUUCGUCCAGUGUUCAGAAUUUGGAAGUUCCGGUUUUUAGAAGUACGAUCUAUAUAGAAAACAGAAGGAGAAAAAAUCGGGACAGAGAAAAUAGUCUGAUUUUCGGAAGUUUCAAGUUUUUGGAAGAUACGGUAUUCAGAAGUUCCACUGUAUUUAUCAUUAUUCAAAGAGAAGGACUCGUAAAAAGUAUUUUGGCAAAUAUUGUAAUAGCUGUUUAUAAAAAGUUCAGAUAAAAAGAGACCGCCUCGGUAGCCUAGUGGUUGAGCGUCCGCUUCGAGUACGGGAGGUUGUGGGUUCGAUCCCCGGCUGCGUCAUACCAAAGACACAAAAAAUGGUACUAGUAGCUUCCUCGCUUGGCGCUCAGCAUUAAGAGGAUAGUGCUAGGACUGGUUAGCCCGGUGUCAGUAUAACGUGACUGGGUUGGGUAUCAUGCCACGUGUCUACGGCGUGAUAUUCCAUUGAGGCAGCACUAUAAAGUUGGGCAUUGUGCUCACUGCUACAAGUAGACACCGUCGUUAAUAUGACUGAAAAAUUGUUGAAAAAGACAUUAAACCCGAACACACACACACACUCAGAUAAAAAGAGACGCUUUGAAGAAUUACAUACACAUUUUAACGCAACAAUGAUUUGUAACAUUUCUGUGUCAAUCUAUUAAUUAAUUCAGCAUUAUUAAACCAUUAAGCAUAAGAUCAGAGACGGGUUAAUGUAAUUGUUCAGAAGAAUGAAUAUACAAACAUAUUUAAUUUGUGGUAAGCAUUGUAAACAUUGUUGUAAAUCCUCACUUUAGCUUCUGUUUGGGCACAUUCAAAUGUUAUGGUAUACUUCUUCCUUAAAUUCUUCAUAAAUGAAGUAAGACCAUGUUUGGCAGUCAUAAAAUGAGCCGCACCAUGAGAAAACCAACAUACUAUUAUUAGUGCAUUUGCGACCAACAUGGAUCCAGACCAGCCUGCGCAUCUGCACAGUCUGGUCAGGAUCCAUGAGUCCGCUAAUGGUUUCUCUAAUUCCAAUAGGCUUUGAAAGCAAACAGCAUGGAUCCUGACCAGACUGCUGGUCGCAAAUGCACUAUGUUGGUUUUCUCAUGGUGCGGCUCAAAUCUACCGCAAAUAAUUGUCUAAAAUUGUUUUAUUCUCUGAUGAAAAGUUUAUUUACAGUGGUAACUGUCUACCUCCUCAAUGCUAGCAUAAAAAAUGAUGAAAUUUGUCAUGUGAAAAAAAUAUUGGUGACAUACCUGUGUCUUUGUGUCAAAAUGAGCAUAAAAUUGGUAAAAUGUGUCCCAUUUGUGUUACUUUGUGUCAUAAUGAGCAUAGAAAAAUUUUGGAUUGUCAUAUGAAAACAGUGAGUGACUGUCAUCAAGUAAAAAUGACACAUUUGUUUGUAAAUUCAAUAUGAAAAAACACUUACAUUAUAUCAAAUUCUUUAUACAUGAAAAGAAAUAAUCUUUUCCAUCAAUAAAAUUUUCCAGUAACUGUUUUAUUACAAAAUAAAUGUUUUUGAAUUUCUAAUGAAAAAAAAAAAAAUUUGAUUUGUUACUGUCGACCUCAUCAAUGCUGGCCUAAAAAAACAGUUAUUAUAAAGUUUGUCACCUGAAAGAGAGAGUGUCUGUAUGCCUUUGUCUCAUACUCAGCAUUUUUUUUGUAAACUAUUGUGUUAAAACAAUUAUUCUAAAACAACCCAACUUGUUUUCCUAUUAAUGAAAGAAGGCUGAAAACUGUGUGUUAUUAUUCAACAAUUCAUUUUUCUGAAGUCACAAUUAUUACGUCACAGCGUUAGACAGCAUAGCGGCACGCUGGAAAAGAAAUCAACACAAACCAGGCACAUAUUUUAUAGAUAUCGUCAGGGUUGUACAUAAUAAUCCUUGAUAACAUGUUAGAAUCGAAAUAAUAUAUCUCAAACAGUGAUUUGCUCAUGAAAAACAUCAUUGUUUGUCGUUUAGUUGCGUAUUAUUAUAUCAAGAGGGCUGCGCCCUCUUGAUAUAAUUCCUUCGCAUCAAAACUCCAAUGAUUUUAUUCAAUAACAAAUCACUGUUUGGGAUAUAUUAUUUCUUAAGUGACUCCGUUGUCAAGUAAAACACUUUGUUUGAAAUUCAGUUAUUUAACAAGAAUUCCGCAGUAAAUUAAUCAAGUUCAACGGUUAAAACAUGAAGUAAUUGUAGUCAAACUUAUAUAAAGCAGCCAGCCAAUGGAGCGACACAAGAUCACUGCUUAAGUCCGGUUAAAAUUAGAAUGAAAGAAUCACUAUUCAGCGUUAGCUGACUGGCUGCUUAAGACAAAUGGCUGCAUAGUACAGGUGACUGCUAAGGCAUGUUUAACUGUACAGUUUUAUAUAAAAAUAUAUCAAUUCUGCCAAACUAGCAGUCUUCCUCCUUUGAGAUUUUGCACACAAACCUAUGAGAUUUUAGAUAUUCUAAGUAGACAAAGCUGUAUAUAUUUCCUGUUGAAAAGUACUCUUUCAUUGAUAUUUAUGUUAAGUUGGUUCUUUAUUCUCAAAUCCAGUUGUAUGUACAUGUUGCAUUAUUAUUAUUCACAGUUUACAUUUCAAGUUGGAAAUAUUAAAAUUUUUGAAGCAUA